AUGGACGACAGUCCGUUCGUGCCUCCUGGACCGCAGGAGCUAACCAUCAUCGUCGUGUUCGACUCAAACCACCAGCACAACGUGAGGGUGGUGGUGCGAGCCACGGUGGUGGAAGCCAACGACAACCCACCGCAGAUCAAACUCCAGCCGCCUUCAGGACCCGGCGAGGUGUUGGACGGCACGACGGGUUUGCAGACCCUCGUGAACCUGCAGGCACCGUCGAUCGACCUCGAGGACGAGGACGUCUGGUUCCACAUGGACUCGAGGUCCGCCCCCAAUGGAAUCCUCGGCAUCGACGUGACCAGCAGCACUGGUACACCCAGUCUUUUGUGA